UGUGUCAAUCAUGGGAAGCGGUUCUGGUAAAGUGUUACCCGAGUCCUCGAAAACUGGGUAUUUUUGUCCGCUGCGAUCUACCGCGUGCAGGAAACACGAGCAGCUUGACGGAUUUAAAGGCAAAACGCGAGCCUGUCUGUGGAGUUGGAGAAGAGAUCAGCGAGCACCCAAGGAAGGACCAACUGAAGAAAUGAAAGAAUCAGUUAAUUUGGAGAAGAGGAUAAAAAACCCAAACGCCAAAUUUCGCGCGAAGUUUGACCCGCGUGUCAUUGCGAGGUAUGACAUCAAAGCUCUGAUCGGUCGAGGCAGCUUCAGCCGUGUGGUUCGCGCCGAGCACAGACGCACACGCCAGCCCUUUGCCAUCAAGCUUCUUGAGGUCAGAGGUCGGGAGGGUCGCGACACUUGUCAGGCAGAGCUCGGGGUCCUACGUCGGGUCAACCACGCUAACGUCAUCCACUUAGCCGAGGUGUUCGAAACGGCUCAUCGAGUCUAUCUCGUUCUCGAGCUGGCCACUGGAGGAGAGCUCUUGGAACGCGUGGUCGCCCGAGGGACGUUUAGAGAGCGGGACGCCACCAAGGCCUUGACGAUGAUGGCCAAUGGGCUGUGCUAUCUCCACGCCCUGGGAGUCACUCACAGGGACCUUAAACCAGAGAACCUGCUGUACUACCACCCGGGUCAGGACUCUCGGUUGAUCAUCACCGAUUUUGGACUUGCCUGCUGGGACAACCAGAGUGCAGCAAGUGUGUCUAAUGUUUUUAGCAGUUCUGCGACUGCUAGAGGAGCUAAGGACAGCGGUACCACAGAGAACGAUAUUUCAGAUGAUCAGGUGACUGAUCAUUUUAAUCUAAGAACAGACAAAACUAAGGAACCAAACUCUGAACUUAAAAAGAUGAGUCUAUUACUUCAGAAUGAAGAUGACGCAUGUCUUGCAACCCACAGCAUGGACUGUCGUGCUAGUAAAACUAAAGACUGGGCUCUUAGGACACUUUGUGGCACACCAGAGUAUUUGGCCCCUGAGAUGGUGGCCGGAAGAGCGUAUAACAGCGCUGUGGAUUUGUGGGCGCUGGGUGUCAUAACUUAUAUCCUGCUGAGCGGCUCCCUGCCCUUUGAUCAGAACAGUCGACCACGCCUCCUCAGGGCUAUCCUUAGGGGCAACUACAGUUUCCAUGGCAAUCCGUGGAACUCUGUAUCUACAUUGGCCAAAAGCUUCAUCGAUCGCCUUUUGACCUAUGACCCUGAGGACCGAAUGACGGCUGAAGACGCUCUGAAACAUCCUUGGCUGGUCAGCAUGGCAGCGUGUUCCUCUAAUAAGAACCUGCACCGCUCCAUAUCCCGAAAUCUCCAGCGUCGGGCGUCACAUGCUUCAUCUCGAUGUCCCAGCUCGGGCUCGACUCCCGGCUCACGCUUGGCGGUGAACCCUGGGUCACGGCCGGGAUCUGCUCCACGGUUAGGGCUUGGCCACAAAUCACAGAGCAGCUUGAAGGUCACAAGCUGA